AUGUGGAUGCACGCGCAGCAACAACCUUUCCAAUACAAUUCCGGCCGCACCCCACUCGAUGACCUGAAAGAACCAAAGGACGCUCAUACUCACUCGCCAUCAAAGUACCGCCGAGGAGCCGCACUUCCUGGCGCUCAUGUUCAAUCUCCGCCUCCGUUUUACGGCGCUUUAUCGCGCCCUAAGGGCUUUCAGUUACCUUCGACCCAGUGGUCGUCCGACGCUCCGGGGGCGCCCAUAUGGGUUCACCAAGAGCCGCAAGUCGUGGGAGACCCCUUUGGGGAUGCGUACAUCAUUGAUCAUCAUCGAGGGCCAAGAUCAUCCCAGAGUGAUAUCACUAUGCCUGACUACCAAUCGAGCUCCAGCGGCAGCAGUCGCGCUACUUCCGGCUUUAGUGGCAUCAGCUACGAACACAGCAAGCAGCCUAGUAUUGCUGGUGUGCUUAACGAAGACCAGUAUAGCCGGGUUUUCCGAAAUUUCACUCCGCCGAAAGAGCCGCUUUCUGUCCCCAGCUUUGUGCCCGUUGGUUACAAGUCCUCUGCGGAACGUCACAGUCAGAAUGCUAGUCGUCAGCCAUUGCCUUCGAUGAUGAAGAGUGUCUCACUGUCUGGAAUUCGAGACAUAUCAGGACACAGCAACAAAUCCGUCAUCACCGAUCCCUUCCAGUCCCUCGCUGGAUCAGAGACUACUGAGCAGUUCUAUGCCAGCCCUGAGGUUCAGUCCAAAUCCAGGCAGGCAAGUUUGGUCCAGGGCGAAGAAACUCCCCGUAAGGGAUGUGACAGAAUUCAGCAAACCCCGACAAAGACACCUUUGCACACCAGUGCGAGUCUUGAAUCCGUCCUGUGA